GGCGGCUGAGGGAGGCGGAGUCUCGGCCGAGACGCUGGGGGGGAGGCGGCGGCGACGGCGCCGAGGGGCUGCCGGAGGCGGAGGCGGAGAGGCACCGGGCCGCCGCCACGGCCGCUCGGGAGAUUGUGAGAGUCUAAGACCUUCAGACAAUGAAUAACCUGAUGGCUCCUGAAUUAACUGGGAAAACAAACACCCCAAGUGCCAGUUGAAGAGUGCGUCUGUGUAUGGGAGAGCUUUCUCUACACAUACACCUUCAUAAGAGGGCAGGCUCAUUCUGCACGUUGAGAGUUUUGCAACUGAUGAACAUUAAUCUUAAGCAUCAAAUGGAACAACUUCAUACUGCUGGGGUCUGGAGUCCCUGGAGGACAGUCCAUCACUAAUGGCAAAUUUUCCCUAUGGUGUUCAUGGGCAAAGCAAGUUUUCAGAAGAAAAAAAAAUCAUACAGAUUAAGCCUCAAGAAUACCCCUCCAGUUUAAAGAAGGAAUAGAUUUUAAAACUCUGGAUUGAAAUUCAGUAGCUUUUACUGUGCUCGUGGCUCCAGUGAAGGGACGGAUCUGAAAAGGAACAGUUUUCUUUGUGUCUUUAGCUAACUAUUUGAAAAUUUUUAUUUAUUAUCUUUUUCUUUUCUGCAUAAUUAAGGUAUUUUAAAAUACUAAUUGGAACUGUCAAUUACAAAAUAAGUAUCAAGGAAAAACCUUUCUUGGUUGAGAGGUGUGUGAACAGGCUUGAAUGUGAACAAGAAGGUGUCUUUUCAGCAAAGUGUAGAGCUGUUCUCAAGAGAUGGUACAGCUUGGAGGACUCUGCUGCACACCUGGGUGGGUGGUUUAAAGACUUGCUUAUGAGAGGAAGAUGAUUUAAUGGACUUAAUUCCAAGAUUCUUUUUUCUUUCCACAAGAUAGAAGAAUACAUGAUCUUUAGGAACAAAAACGCAGAGAAACGAGUUAAAGGAAAAACAAACUCUUGUAGUCUCUUUGUCAGCAAGAAGUAUGAGUAAGGAAAGCACUUGGUCCAGAUUGAAGCUCUAGCCUCUUCCUCUGCUGAGGGAAGGGACUUUGCUCUAGUCCCUAUGGCACUGAGGGAUGCUCCAGUCAAUGGGAGAGUCAUUCCAGGGAGCCCCAUGUUCCUAGGGACACAGAGCCAGUCUUUGAGACAGGAAACUUCUGGUUGUGAACAUUGGGCAAAGUGUUUCUCUUCCUAAAAUUUGGGCUGCUGUCUGCACACGAGCUCCGGCCUGAUUUUGCACAUUAGUGUGCCUUUUCCCUCAUGUAACCUUUUUCAGCUAGACAACAGAAAUUUGUGUAGUUUAGAAAGCGUGCCGGAGGGUGAGUUCAGAAGGAAGAUGAUCUUGUAUGGUCAUUGUCUGAAUUUGAACUUUUGAAUAGAAAAUUUCAGCUAGAGGGAUUCUUACCGCCUUAAGUUACUUGAAAUCUGUGUGUUCACAACCUUUUAUCUCUGGAAUCACAUUACACAAAACUGGAAUCUCAGGCUGAGAAUAACCAAACAGAGUAAAGACAAAGAGAACUUAGUUUCUGUCACCACACACUAACAGAGCUCUUUCUCCAGAGGAUUGGCGUGUUUUUCCCAAGAACUUUGAAAUGAAAAUGGACCCCAUGUGUUUUUAGGUAUACCUUUCUUAGCAGACUGAUGUUAUCUUUUAUAGAGGAAUUUUUUUCACUAUGCAUUCGGUGGAUUGUUAUAAGAUACUGACCUUAAUUAGACUCUAGAGCAGUUGUAGCUAAAGGAGAAACAAAACCAAACCAAGUCCAGCCACAAAAAUAAGCCAAUGAAAGAACUUGGCUUGAAAUUCUUAAUACUUUUUAAGUGAAAUAAUUUAUUGAAAAAAGUAUGUAUGCAGCAGUGGAACAUGGGCCUGUGCUUUGCAGUGACUCCAACAUCCUUUGCCUGUCCUGGAAAGGGCGUGUCCCCAAGAGCGAGAAGGAGAAGCCUGUAUGCAGAAGGCGCUACUAUGAAGAAGGAUGGUUGGCCACAGGCAAUGGGCGUGGUGUGGUAGGGGUGACUUUCACCUCUAGUCACUGUCGCAGAGACCGAAGUACUCCACAGAGGAUCAACUUCAACCUGCGAGGCCACAACAGUGAGGUUGUGCUGGUGAGAUGGAAUGAGCCUUAUCAGAAACUGGCCACAUGUGAUGCAGAUGGAGGAAUAUUUGUGUGGAUCCAAUAUGAAGGCAGGUGGUCUGUGGAACUGGUCAAUGACCGUGGGGCUCAGGUGAGUGACUUCACAUGGAGCCACGAUGGGACUCAGGCUCUUAUUUCAUACCGCGAUGGCUUUGUCUUGGUUGGUUCUGUCAGUGGGCAAAGACACUGGUCAUCUGAAAUCAACUUGGAAAGCCAGAUCACGUGUGGUAUAUGGACUCCUGAUGACCAGCAGGUAUUGUUUGGCACAGCAGAUGGACAGGUGAUUGUCAUGGACUGCCACGGCAGAAUGCUGGCCCAUGUCCUCUUGCACGAAUCUGAUGGCAUCCUCAGCAUGUCGUGGAAUUACCCCAUCUUCCUGGUGGAGGACAGCAGUGAAAGUGACACAGACUCAGAUGACUAUUCUCCUCCCCAAGAUGGUCCUGCAGCAUACCCCAUCCCUGUGCAGAACAUCAAGCCUCUGCUCACCGUCAGCUUCACCUCGGGAGACAUCAGCUUAAUGAACAACUAUGAUGACUUAUCCCCUACUGUCAUCCGUUCAGGGCUGAAAGAGGUGGUGGCCCAGUGGUGUACACAAGGAGACUUACUGGCAGUUGCUGGGAUGGAGCAGCAGCCCCAGCUCAGCGAACUGCCCAAUGGUCCUUUUCUGAAGAGUGCCAUGGUCAAGUUCUACAAUGUUAGAGGGGAGCACAUCUUCACACUGGACACACUUGUGCAGCGCCCCAUCAUAUCCAUCUGUUGGGGCCAUCGUGACUCCCGGCUGCUUAUGGCCUCAGGACCAGCUCUGUACGUGGUUCGUGUAGAACACCGAGUGUCCAGCCUCCAGCUGCUGUGCCAGCAGGCCAUUGCCAGCACCCUUCGAGAAGAUAAGGAUGUCAGCAAGCUGACCUUGCCCCCUCGACUCUGUUCCUACCUAUCCACUGCCUUCAUUCCCACCAUCAAGCCCCCAAUUCCAGACCCCAACAAUAUGCGAGACUUUGUCAGCUACCCCUCAGCUGGCAAUGAGCGGCUGCACUGUACCAUGAAGCGUACAGAAGAUGACCCAGAGGUCGGUGGGCCUUGCUACACACUCUACCUUGAAUACCUGGGAGGGCUCGUGCCCAUUCUCAAAGGGAGGCGCAUCAGCAAGCUGCGGCCAGAGUUUGUCAUCAUGGACCCUCGGACAGACAGCAAAUCAGAUGAGAUCUAUGGAAACAGCUUGAUUUCUACUGUGAUUGACAGCUGCAACUGCUCGGACUCCAGUGACAUUGAACUGAGUGAUGAUUGGGCUGCCAAGAAGUCUCCCAAAAUUUCCAGAGCUAGCAAAUCGCCCAAACUUCCAAGGAUCAGCAUUGAGGCCCGCAAGUCACCCAAGCUGCCCCGGGCUGCUCAAGAGAUUUCUCGGUCUCCCCGAUUGCCCAUGCGCAAACCCUCCAUGGGCUCACCCAGCCUGACUCGGCGAGAGUUUCCUUUUGAAGACAUCAGUCAGCACAACUAUCUUGCUCAGGUCACAUCCAAUAUCUGGGGAACCAAAUUUAAGAUUGUGGGCUUGGCUGCGUUCCUGCCAACCAACCUUGGUGCAGUAAUCUAUAAAACCAGCCUGCUGCAUCUCCAGCCGCGGCAGAUGACCAUUUAUCUCCCAGAAGUUAGGAAGAUCUCCAUGGACUAUAUUAAUCUACCUGUCUUCAACCCAAAUGUUUUCAGUGAAGAUGAGGAUGAUUUACCAGUUACUGGAUCAUCGGGUGUCCCUGAAAACAACCCACCUUGUACUGUGAACAUCCCUAUUGCACCAAUCCACAGCUCUGCUCAAGCUCUGUCCCCCACACAGAGCAUAGGGCUGGUACAAUCCCUGCUGGCCAAUCAAAAUGUGCAGCUGGAUGUCUUGACCAAUCAGACAACAGCUGUAGGGGCAGUAGAGCAUGCAGGUGAUGCUACCACCCAAUACCCAGUUUCCAGUCGAUACCCCAAUCCUGGACAGGUGAUUUUUGGAGGUGUAGAAAUGGGCCGCAUCAUUCAGAACCCUCCUCAAUUGCCUUUGCCGCCACCUCCACCACCGCCACCACCACAGGGGCCUCUGCAGCUGUCUGUGGUGGACCAUGGAGAUCGAGACCAUGAGCACCUGCAGAAGUCAGCCAAGUCCCUACGACCAGUGCUUCAGCUGGCAGCCGAGGGGGAUGCAGUGGUUUUCAGUGCCCCUCAGGAGGUCCAGGUGGCAAAGAUGAAUCCCCCACCCCCAUACCCAGGAACGAUCCCUGCUGCCCCCACCACAGCAGCACCCCCACCUCCUCUGCCGCCACCACAGCCCCCAGUGGAUGUGUGUCUGAAGAAAGGUGACUUCUCCCUCUGCUCUCCGGCAGCACACUACCAGCCUCCCCUAGGCUAUGAGAGGAUCACCACCUUUGACAGCAGCGGCAAUGUGGAAGAGGUUUGCCGGCCUCGCACUCGGAUGCUCUGUUCCCAGAACACCUACACUCUUCCUGGCCCAGGUAGUUCUGCCACCUUGAGACUCACAGCCACUGAGAAGAAGGUUCUCCAACCCUGCACCAGUGCCACUCUGAACCGCCUGACUGUCCCUCGAUACUCCAUCCCCACAGGGGAUCCACCUCCAUAUCCUGAAAUUGCUAGUCAACUGGCUCAGGGACGGAGUGCCACUCAGAGACUGGACAGUAGUCUCAUCCAUGCCACCUUGCGAAGGAACAACCGUGAGGUUGCACUUAAGAUGGCCCAGCUGGCUGACAGCUCCCGUACCCCACUGCAGCCCCUGGUCAAGCCUAAGGGUGGCCCUAGUGGGGCAGUGGCACAGCUCCCAGCAAGGCCUCCACCUGCCCUAUAUACCUGCAGCCAGUGCAGUGGAGCUGGGUCCAGCUCACAGCCAGGUGCAGCCCUGGCCCAUGCUAUCAGCACCUCCCCACUAGCCUCCCAGUCCUCCUACAACCUUCUGAGCCCUCCGGACACCUCCCGUGAUCGUACUGACUAUGUCAACUCAGCCUUCACAGAGGACGAGGCACUGUCUCAGCACUGUCAGCUGGAGAAGCCUCUGAGGCAUCCCCCACUUCCUGAAGCUACUGUCACAGUGAAGCGGCCUCCCCCUUACCAGUGGGACCCUGUGCUGGGUGAGGACGUUUGGGUUCCUCAAGAAAGGACAGCACAACCUGCAGUGCCCAACCCCUUAAAACUGUCCCCCCUGAUGCUAGGGCAAGGCCAGCACCUGGAUGUAGCUCGAGUGCCCUUUGUGUCUCCCAAGUCUCCGUCCAGCCCUACUGCCACCUUCCAGACAGGCUAUGGCAUGGGAGUGCCAUAUCCAGGCAGCUAUAACAACCCCUCUUUGCCUGGAGUACAAGCUCCGUGCUCCCCUAAAGAUGCCCUGUCCCCAGCACAGUUUGCACAACAGGAGUCUGCUGUUGUACUUCAGCCAGCGUACCCACCCAGUCUUUCCUAUUGCACCUUGCCCCCCACAUACCCAGGAAGCAGCACAUGCUCCAGUUUACAGCUGCCACCUAUCGCCUUGCACCCUUGGAGUUCCUAUAGCACCUGCCCACCCAUGCAAAAUCCCCAGGGCACUCUCCCAUCCAAGCCCCAUUUAGUGGUGGAGAAGCCUCUUGUGUCCCCACCACCUGCAGAGCUCCAAAGCCACAUGGGCACAGAGGUGAUGGUAGAGACUGCGGACAAUUUCCAAGAAGUCCUCUCUCUGACAGAAAGCCCUGUCCCCCAGAGAACAGAAAAAUUUGGAAAGAAGAACCGGAAGCGCCUGGAUAGCCGAGCAGAGGAAGGAAAUGUUCAGGCCAUCACUGAGGGCAAAGUCAAAAAGGAUGCAAGGGCUUUGAGUGACUUUAAUUCUCUCAUCUCCAGCCCUCGCCUGGGGAGAGAGAAGAAGAAAGUGAAAAGUCAGAAAGACCAACUGAAAUCCAAAAAGUUGAACAAGACAAACGAAUUCCAGGACAGCUCAGAGAGUGAGCCCGAGCUGUUCAUCAGCGGAGAUGAGCUGAUGAACCAAAGCCAGGGCAGCAAGAAGGGGUGGAAGAGCAAGAGGAGCCUGCGCACGGCCAGUGAGCUGGAGGAAUUCAAGUGCCGCAAAGCCAGUGAGAAGGAAGACGGGCGACUGGGCAGUCAAGGCUUCGUGUAUGUAAUGGCCAACAAACAGCCUCUGUGGAAUGAAGCCACACAGGUGUACCAGCUGGAUUUUGGAGGAAGGGUGACCCAGGAAUCUGCCAAGAACUUCCAGAUCGAGCUGGAGGGGCGGCAGGUGAUGCAGUUUGGACGGAUUGACGGUAAUGCAUACAUCCUAGACUUCCAGUACCCCUUCUCAGCCGUGCAGGCUUUUGCUGUUGCCCUGGCCAAUGUGACUCAGCGCCUAAAAUGAAGAGACAGAUGCAGAGGGAGACAUGCCAGGAGCCUUUGGAGGAAGAUGUGCUGCUACUACCAAGGACCGGAGACAGCAACAGUAGAAGAAGCCAGCAGGCAGGAGGGUGCUGUUGUUUAGAUGUGGUCAAUUGUCCAUUUAUCCUUUAUUGCCCCUCCUUUCUCCUUUUGAUAGAGUAGUAUUUGGAAGCCAAGAACUUGAGGGAUCGUGUAUUCUGGAAGGCAGUGUAGCUUGUCUAUAGAAUGUUUCACUGAUUUACUGUUCAGUAACUAGGACGAAGACCUUUGGAAAGAAGACAGAUUGCUUUGAGCCUGCUCUUCUUUUAGGCAUAGGGAGUGUGUGUAAGUGUUCAUUCUGGACUCUGUUACUGUUAUCACUAGUGCAAAAAAACGUUUGUUUUUUUUCCCAACAUAACCAAAACUCUGGAAGAUUCAGCUUCUCUUUUGAGGGAGGACAAAACUUAAUUCACACAUAUGUGCUGCUUACUAGAAGGUACCUACACGAAUGAAGGACACAUAUGCAAAUGACUUGUGCUCUGCUGAUGUAAACCAAGGUAAACAGCUGCUGUCGCUAGUGUGAAUGUGAUUUGGUAGCCAGUCUAUGAGGCGACAGGCCUACAGCACUGCAGAUAACUGGGUGAGCUUGUGCAAGGACUGUUCUCUCCCAAGGAUGCUGGUGGAAACCCCACUAGUUUCUUUAAAGUCAGAAUCCCAUCUGACUUUGGGAGAAGGUAAGAGACCUUAGGCUGAGGCAGAGCUGGGCUUAAAUUCACAUUCACCAGACUGGUCCAUCACCAGAUACCUCCACUUGUCAAGAAACAGCCUUUGUUCUCCCUACUCCUUUGUUUUAAUCUGGAAUAUUUUACUGUAAACAUGUUUCUCUUUAGAUCUCAUUGCUUUGUCUUUUCAAAAGUAUGAAUGGGACUUGAUUUGAAACUACACCAUUCCUUCCCUUGGCCACAUUAAAGUUCAGCUGAUUUGAAUGCUUUUUUUUUCUAUUAUAAGUGUGAUCAAAAAUCUUUGUGCAUUUCCCAGGAUAUUAAAAGAUAAGGAUGUGGUCACAUCUUUGUGGGAAGCUCCACAGUAUUCUCUGAGGGAAAAAAGAACUGUCUUUGGGUGUAAAAGACAAACCACUGGGAAAACCUUGGUAAGACUCUCAGACUUAGGUAGUUGACUGUCUAUAUGCCAUUCCUUCUGCCUGUAGUAUCUUUGCCCAGUUUCUUCUUGUUGUGGGAAUACACCUUGGGCAAAUACUCAAACUUUAUUGUGAGAACCGGUUUGUGCUGUAGCUUUUACCUGUGAUGUUGUUCAUUCCCAGAGCACAAGAACUGCCCGCUGGCCUUGACUCCUAAGUGUGAGUUUUAUUUGAAAACUGACCAGUGGAAGAUGCUACAGGAAACUUUUCACUUAAACAUUGUUUUGUGUUUAUUUUUUUUUCUUGUGUUUGGUUUAAGAAUUAGAAAAGAAACUGUUUGAUUUCUUUAUUUGAGCAAAAUUAAAUUACUCAUCAUUCUUUCAAAAUUCCAAAGAAAUACUAACAAGGACAUAUCUCAGCUGAUACUGGAGUUUUCCGUUUUAUAAUUAAAAAUACGGGAGCUGAUUCUUAGGUGGGUCAGUUGUCCCAGGAAGUGUUGAAUAGUGUAUUGGGAAUGACUGUGUUGGUUUACGUCAGUUUUUGUAGCUUGAUAAGGUAUUCCCGUGCUAUCAUUAGUUGUGCAAUAUGGUUGUAGCCUCUCAGUUCAUGGAAUAAUUUAAAUGCAAUUCCUUUGUUUUGUUGUCUAAGAGAUAGUUAUUUAUCUUGCUCUUUAUAAUAUUCUUGGGAACUAUUUUGUUACUAUGUAUCGGUGAUUUAUGCCCAUUAUUAUUUAUUUAGAAAAAUAGUACCUUUGUAAUGACUUACUUGGUGGCAAUAUAUUUUGCUGCAAAAAAUAAAGAGAAUGUGACAGAAGAUGGUUUUUGCUGGAUAAUUUGUAACUUUCUUGAAAAUUGGGAAAAAAAAUCCUGUUAAUCCCUUAAAAAGUAAAUUCACUCCAUCAGUAUUGAUUAUAUGCAAAAUAGGCUAUUUCUUUGAGAUAGCAUACCCUAAGGUAGUAUUUCUCCUUAUUUUGAAAAUUUUAGUUAGCAAUAAAAAGUGAUAGGACACAAGGAAGGGUGAGAGCUCUUACAUAAGCGUAGCAGAAGAGGGACCUUAAUCAGUAGUCUUCAGUUUUGUGUUUAGUUCACGCUGGCUUUUUGCAAAUCUGUAAAAGUUAUACUUUAUAAAUUUGCUAAAUAAGAUUGAGUAUGGAGGAAAUCAUCUCUAAAAGAUAUUUUCCAUCCAUGGAGAUGCCUGCUUCCUGUCUUGAAUGAUGCUUGACCUGUGAGCUGCAGAAUAGAACCGGGAGCUCCUGCCACCCACUAGACUCCUUUCCCAGGCUAAGGAGGAGUGAGUCUCGGGCACCACAUGUGCAGUAGGCUGCUGGCAGCGGCAGUCAUGACACAGUGUCACUUAAGAUAAUGGCUUCUUUUAAAAAUUGUUUGAUACAGUCAACAUCAUUUAACUAAAUUCUCCUCAAGCUAAGACUUUAAGUAACAGAAUUCUAGGCACUUCAUGGUUACUAAUAGAAAUUUGUGAACAUCACAGUGUCUCAUUGGCUCCCUAAAAUAAAAAACAGUCAACUACGUAGAGACUUAUAAAAAAAACAGUAUAUUAAUAAACAAAAUGGGUGUUAGGUUUGUCUGGUUCUGACCACAUCAAAACAGAGGUCAUGGAUGUUUGUACAGGUACCCAUUUGAAUCUAUAUUCUGAGAAAAAGUGGACCUAUAAAGCUAGAACUACUCAGAGUUCUAAUGGACACAGAAAGCAAAAGCUUUUGCAAGUUGGUACUUUUCAUCCACAGCCGUUCUCCUUUAUGUAAUGUCUGUUCUGUAAUCAAAGGUCGGGGGCCAAGGUCGAGUUGCUCUGUCAUAGGGGUGGAGAGUGAAUUUGGCUGGAGGUGUCUGACCUCCUUUUGUCCAUCUCUUAAUUAAAGGGGAUGGGGAUAUGCAAACUUGAAAACUCUUUUUCUCUGGUAGCCUAAUUUGGCAGCUCAUCUUCCCCUUCAUGAGAUUGAGAAUGUUUCAAAACAUGGCCUUUUUGUAGAAAAAAAAAAAAAGUUCUUUUUUGAUUCAGAGCUGUCUACUUGAACAGAAACCAGUAUAUCUUUGAAAGUUCACCCCUAAAAUGUGUUUGGAAUCAUGUUUAGUCUACUAAAAUUAUAGAAGCACCAAAUCCAAGUACAGUGGAAGUCCCUUCGAGUCCCUAUGAGUGUGCUCUCUUCAGUGGGCACAUGUGUCUCAAAUUGAGAGCGGUUCAGAGUGUCAUUUGUGGCUUGCUUCUUGUAGAGCAUUCAUGUGGAAGACUCUUUUUUUCUAAUUCAGAAGGCUUUCUGAGAAAGGCAUCUGUGGGAGGAAACUCUACUGUCCCUGUGUGGGCUGUGGAUGGGUUGACAACGUUAGCUGGGUUGCAGCUGUCAUUUGAGUUUCUGGGACUUUAUGGUAGCAUACAAUUGAGAACUCUACACCACUGUGUAUCUUUCUCCUUAUCUCUGGCUGAUAAACUCUGCAGGAUUGUGGCUUGUUUUGUUUCCAUUUUUUUUUUCGGCUUUGUGCAGUUUUCUUGUGACUUUAACUGAAUCUAUAUUUUCUGUUUACAAGUUAAUUUUAAGGGGAAGGGUAGGGUUUUAAGGUCUUGUUUAUUGUAGAUAAUUUUCUUCUCGUGUUGUGGGAGAGCAUGGGUUAUAAUUUGAGUGAAAAGGCACUGUAUUAUUUACCAAAGGUGUAUUGUUUGCAUUUGUUUAUAAAUGCAUUACUUUAGUACUGUAAAUUUGGGCAUAAUUUCCAAGUUUACUACUAUUGCUACUGCUGGCAUCUACCUUUCUCCCUCUCUCAUCUUUUUAUUCCCAUAAAUGUGCAUUGUGGGGUGCAUAGGUCACAGACCAAACGAGACCACCAGCAUGUUCUUGUCCACACUUUGGGAACAGCGUGCACUGUUUUGUACACAUCAGCCCCUCUCCCCACCGUGUUGGUUUUCAAUUUUUUUUUUUAAUUCAGCACCUUGCUUUGUUUAACUUUCCAGACAAGAUCUGUUGAGAGUCGCCAUUGCUUCUCAAUGAUCUCUUCCUUAUUUGCCUGUCUUUGUAUGUACUUUGUAUACUCGAUUGUGCAGGAAGUAUUUUAGAUGGGAUAAAUGGUUUGCAUUCAAAAUGAUGUAGUUUGUCAAAAUUAUUUUGCCUUUACUAUUGAGAUGGGUUACUCUCAGUUUUUUUUCUGGAUGAUUUGAAAUUGUAAGAUUUGUCCAGCUAUUGCUUAAUAAAAUUUUGCAGAUUAAAAAAAUA